CGAGCAGCAGCCGCUCACUGCAGCAGCCAAGGUGCUCGUCGGACGCGCUGACGUCACCAAAUCUUUGACAGCACUUCCUGGAUGGUGUUUGUUGUGGGAAAUAGCCGCGGAGGCGCUGAAUCGUGGAUUUAGGCCACAUAAGCGGCAGGAAAGACGGCACCGACUGCCACGAUAUCGCACCUCCAGGCAUGCGGACGCGGCACCUUCCGAACAGUGUCCGAUAAACGCGAAGCAGAGACGGGCUGAGGCUGAAAGAAGGACGAGGUGGAAAUACUGUCGGACAGCCCUCAGAGCAAAGCCCCCCGACAGCACGGAGCUGUCGCGAUGUUGUAACUAGACCAUGGACAGCAGGAUAAAGGAGAAUCCAGAAAGAACAUUUGAUCUGGUUGUACAGGUGGCGUGUCCAACAUCUGAAAAUGAGGAUCCAACCGUGCUGUGGAGCUUCCCCCAGGACCACACAGACCAGGAGGUCCUUCAGACGAUACCAAAGUUCUGCUUUCCCUUUGACGUGGAAAGGGUCUCCCAGAGUCAGGUGGGGCAGAAUUUCACCUUUGUGCUGACGGACAUCGACAGCAAGCAGAGGUUUGGUUUCUGCCGACUCACCCAAGGCUGCCGGGUCUGCAUAUGUCUGCUCAGUUACCUACCCUGGUUUGAAAUCUACUACAAGCUUCUAAAUACCCUGGCAGACUACUUAUCGAAACAACAGAAAAACGACUUGAACGACGUGCUGAACUCCCUCUAUGACCUGCCUGUGCCAAAGCCCUUCACGCCCGUCAACCUGAGUGUGAAUGAGCAGUUGUAUAUUGCUACUGGGCAAGUACUGAGAGAUCGGCGAAGCAAGGAGCCGCACUCCUACUUCAUCGCCCCGGAUAUCAAUGGACUGCCAACUAUCCCUGAGAGUAGAAACCUGACCGAGUACUUUGUGGCCGUGGACAUCAACAACAUGCUCCAGCUCUACGCCAGCAUGCUGCACGAACGCCGCAUCAUCAUUACCUCAAGCAAGCUUAGCACUUUAACGGCGUGUGUCCACGGCGCCGCCGCUUUGCUCUUUCCCAUGUACUGGCAGCACAUCUUCAUCCCUGUGCUGCCCCCGCAUCUUCUGGACUACUGCUGCGCCCCUAUGCCGUACUUUGUGGGAGUUCAUCUCAGUCUGCUCGAGAGAGUGCGCAGUCGAUCGCUGGAGGACGUGGUCAUCCUGAACGUGGAUACAAACACCCUGGAGAGCCCUUUCGACGACCUGCACAACCUCCCGAGUGACGUGGUGUCCUCGCUGAAGAGCAAGCUGAAGAAGCAGUCGACAGCGACGGGAAGUGGUGUGGCGAGGGCCUUCCUGAGAGCGCAGGCUGCUCUGUUUGGAUCCUACAGAGACGCUCUCAGAUAUAAACCUGGAGAGCCAAUCACGUUCUGUGAAGAAAGCUUCGUGAGCCAUCGUUCGAGCACCAUGAAGAACUUCCUGUCCAUGGCUGUCAACCUGCAGCUCUUCAAACAGUUCAUCGACGGACGGCUGGCCAAAUUGAACGCAGGCCGUGGCUUCACUGACGUGUUUGAAGAAGAGAUCACAGAGGGGGGCUUCUGUGGAAGUAAUUCUCGGUCUUACCAGCAGUGGAUGCACACCGUAAAGAGAGGAGGAGCGCUCUUCAACACAGCCGUGUCAAAGGCCAAGGUUCAUGCUAAGAAGGGUAUCCGGGACUUUAGGGGCAUACUGAAAGCAAGGGACGAUGAAGAGGAGGGGAUCGUGGUCUAUCCAGGAUCUCCAACCAGUACCAAGAGCCUGUCUCCAAGGAGACUGCAGAAGAUGAGACGGCAUAACUUCAGCAAGUCUCCCAUGAGCAUGGGCCCUCGAGAGCUGGGCUAUGGGCUUGAUGAUGAGGAGCUGGACAAUGCAAGCAAGGUCUCCUCAGAGGACAGCGGCGACGUGCCGUCCUACAACGAGGACAGCGAUGACUCGUACUCCCUCGAUCUGGACAUCGACUCCUCUCAGUCGGGCCAGAUGAACCUUCUGGAAGAAAUCCUGGAUUCUCUGACGACCACGACGAUGGACCAAGGAAGACUCAGUGCCGCCAAGAGUCUGGACUUCUUCUUGUCCGUGGAUGAUUUAGACUACAAAGCCCCGACCAAGCCCACGCCCUGCAGCGAGUCCAGACCUGCAGAUGAGAGCAGCUGUAGUGGAGGCGGCGAUCAAGGCGGGUGGAAUACGGGUCAGGAUGACACUGUGGUCCACGGGAAACACCUUCCACCGUCCCCACGCAGGCAGCCCACCAAGAGCAGCCUGAAGAUGUCAAAAAAAUCCGCAGCAGUCCCUGCGGCGCCCGCUGCUAGCCCACCAGCCCAGAGUGCCGACGUCUCAGUGCCGAAUCCUCAUCAGUCCGACCCCGACCCGCUGCCUACAGCGUGGAAACCGGGAGAUUGUUUCUCUUACUCGCCAACGCUGUCCCAUCGAGUCGCACCUCUGCGGUCGUCCCCCACUCUCGCACAAACCUACAGUUCCUCAGCAUCCGCGUCUGACCCAAGCUGCUCUCCUGCACCGGGGGUGCGGGCGCGGACCAUCUCGGACCCUCAAAGCGGCUCGGAGCCUCAGCAGGCCAAGAACCAGACUGCCUCGACCUACGUGCUCAGGAGGAAGGUCAUGUCCAAGGAGACGACGAGGCAGUACCAGCAGAAGGCCCUCCAGAGGCAGGAGAGCAAAGAGGGCAUGGGGAGCCCGUCGAGGACCAGCCAUUCAGCCGUGCAGGUCCCCUGGGAGAAGGAGAUGUCCAAAGAGGGGCUCCUCGGGCUCGGCCUGUGUUUGGGUCAGGGUAAAGGCUCGGGGGCCCCCGCGGCGCAGGAUCAAGGUCUCCUGGAGGAGAUCGACUCCACGUGUUGCCUCGGCGCGGUCCUCCACACCAGCCUGCAGCUCUCGCAAGUUAACAACAGUCACCACCAGGUGCAGGGCAAAGCUGCAGACGACUCCUGAGUCUGUAAAACGCAGCAGGUUUACUCUUCUUUUACGACUAGCAGCUAUCUGCAACAAAACUAUUCUUUUUCCCUUUGUUUUUAAUCUCGACACUCGGCUCCGAGCAUACGUCCAAACCUGCCAACACAAACAAAAAGCCACCGAGUGAGGAGCAGGAAGAGGACGUGGUGCGCCGCAGAGAUCUCCCUCUAUGAGCCGUCUGCAUAUUUUAAACUCAAACCUGAUUUAUAGCGAUUGGAAAAAAACAAAUCAACUAAACGUCGUCGGCUCUUUCCUCUGGAAUCGGAUGCAAGUGCAGCGUCUCGUGAACUGUGAUCCAAAACCACAGACCACAGCCGAACUGUUACCAUCCUCGUUUAACCUGCUUCACCAGUUCAUGACUUGUUUAAAAAAGUACAACUGCAAACAAAAGUUACUUCAGCAGACGGAGAUUUUCAGUAUUUCUUUCUAAUGAUCUUUAAUAACGUUUUGUGUCGUCUAGUAUUUUUCACAUGUUCACCCCAAACGAUGCACUAAACGCAUUUUCGAUAAAGUCGCGGCUGACGGAGGAGUUUGGAAAAGCCUCCGGAGCGUGUCAGGAGUAAGAAGGGACGCUGCGUCGCUCCAAACAUUUCACAUGAUGAAUUUGCACAUGUGGAUUAACAGCUGAUGAUUCCUACCAGGUACUAAAGUCUUUAGCAAAAAAGCAGGUGAGGCGGGCCUUUUGACUCGCCGUACGCUACGUGACAUGUCUGCCUUACACGGACAUGUGAUUUCUUUUUUAAACUCUGGUGUCUUAAUCUACAGAUGCCACAGCAGGUACUUUGUAAUCAGAAUCACUGUCGAUUUAAUAGAAUAAUGAAUGAUACAUGAUGUGCUUUAAGCUGCUGUCAGUCGCGUCCACAGUGAUGUCCAAAUCUCCUCAGGACACUUUGUUUUCUCCACACUGAAGAGACCCCAGUCAAAGGUCAAAGCCAGUAUCCCUGCUCCAGGCUUCUCCCCCAUCACGACUCUCACUUUGACCUUAAAAUUACGGCCAGUUGUUGCCGAUUUCAUGACGUUUUAUGCGGGUGAAUAAAGGUGAACUUUCUAGGAGGUGCUCUAUAUUUUUACGAUGAACAAAUCCCCUGAAAAGACCAAAACUAUCAGGCUUUGUGUGUCUCGCCACUAUCACACUCCUGUGUUCAGUCUUUGGCUGGUUUUUGGUCUUUUCACAGUAUUUGCUGACGUGUCUUUCUUCGCCUUUCUCACACGAGGGAAUAACGGUCUGUGCGUGGGUCGGAGUCACGCUGCACUAUAAUGCAGCGGUUGAUGAUUGUACUGUAAUGAAGCAAUAUAGUUCUCAGAGUAGCCACAUGGAUGUAAUGUGCACAGAGUCUGAAGCAUUCCUGUAACAGACUCUCCUGUGGAGAGAAACGCCGCGUCCAGCCCUCGCGGCUUCCCGUCAUUCACCGCGUCACCGCAAACCCAGAGAGAAGCAGAGCGCUUUUCUUCUUCUUUUCGGGAAUAUUACAUUUAUGGUUCGUUGUUCUUAUGAUUUAUGCCAGACGCCAGUCGGUGUGGCAGUUUAAUAGCAGCCAUUUCUCCACUUUCUGAGUGCUGCUCUGCGUUAACGAUUUGCUCAUAAAAUCACUGGCGUGCUUCUAAAAGCCCAAGAAUCGGUUAGCGAAUCCAAAACGGAGGAAAAAACCAAAACAGACUCCAGAAGCGUUUGUGUGCUGCCCUCUGUGCUCUGUAAACAUUAAGAAAAUACUUCUGUACUAUGCAAACAUGCCAAAUACUAAAGUUUCUCUGAGAGUGAUUCGAUUUCACUUGAGUAUAAAGUCACGAUUGGACUGCUUUCUGCCCCCGAACGAAUAAACAACCACAUUUAAAGAGAAAGCUGGUCCGUGUGCUGUGCCUUACGCAGGUACGCUGUAGGAAGCUGGGCUGUGCGUGUUUCUGACCACCGCCCGGACCUGAGAAACGAACCUGACACGAACUCGCGUUGUUUUGGUUGGUCGUUGGGUUUCGGCUGCGCUCAGCUGGUUCCACUCAGUGUUUUUAGGGUUUCUUUGCUGCGGUGGUCGCUGGGAAUCUCCCCGCUCGUGUUUAAGAGAAGAUCUCGGGGUUACUUUAUCCUUUUGUAAAUGAGGUACUUUUCCUUUGGUUGUUAGCGGAUUCCUUAUGUUGUGUGUGCUCUUUUUUUUUAAAUAAAAAACUUGUGCUGAGCUUAUUCUGUAUUUAAAAAAAGAACAAUUCUCAGAGGAGUUGAUUUCAUAAUGAAAAAAUUAUUUUCAGCUGAAUAGACGUAUUUUUGCUGGCUUGAGUAUAUUUUACAUGGAUAAUAUAUGAUCGGUGUUGUAUCUUGUAAAAACAAAUUCUAUCUAAUAUUUGAAUGUUUUAGAUUUUAUUUUUGGAGGAAAAAAGAGAUAUGGACAAAUGUCCCAUGUAGCCGUUCACAUUCAGAUGGACGUACUGACGCCUGCUCGUACACAGUAAACACGGCUGUGGCCGCGUGGACGCGCUGCUUGUGCUUUCUGUUGCUUUCAUUUCGGUAUUUCGCGCCUCCAUCGUCAUCAAACAGAAUGGUGGACGCGAACAUCCGGUCUCUUAUGUUACGUCGCGUGUUGGAGUGAAAUGUAACAUUUCAUGUAAAAUGUAACAAACAAAACUAGCUACUGUAAAUCUAACGGCGGAGGGGUGAGAGGGAAUAUUCGAGUGUCCAGCUGCUGUUGUGAAGAUCAUUUGAGAAGCUUUACACUAAAACAAAGAACCCCGAGCGUGUCUGACUCUGUAAACGGGACUCGGGUUGUCCUGAAAGCGUGUAUUUGCAGUGAGUGGGAGGUGGUGGAUUAUGUAGCAUCUUUUACUGAGUGUGGGUUCAUGCACAGGUUCUUCUUUACAAAGAUGACGAUGUCACGACUUUUACACUGAAUGUUACAGUCGGCAAUUAAAAAUAUAUAUAUAUUCCCCCCUCCCCCUGUCUCGGAAUCGUGAUGACGAUCAGCUCUUCGAUAAUGCAUUUAUUGAUUUUCCCGAUACUGUGCACACUUGCAUGUUCCCACUGCAGAGGAAACAACUGUCUUAAGUAACUGAGGUCAGUCUAAUGUGCUAUUGAUGAGUAACCUGGUACAACUGCACACCAUGUAUGCACUGUGAACUGAAAUAAAUGAUACUGUUUGAUGCUUCUGCA